UUGCAUCUCGUUUGCAUCUCGUUCCGGGCGCGCGAUGCGGCCGCUGUUGGCCCUGCGGCUCCGGCGGGCGGCGGCCGGGGGCUGCCCGCGCUGCUUCGGCAUGGCCCGGUGCGGGGAGCCCGCCUGGCGGCUCUCCAUCGAGGGCAACAUCGCACUUUGCCAAUUCACACUACUGGAUGGAAGAUUCAUUGCAAGUGACCAAACUUUGGAAACUAGUGUGGAACCAAUAAAAAGCAAGGCUGUGGGCAAGUCUACUUUAGUAAGGCUGCUGGGAAAAACCUUUCCAGAAUGGCAAAUAGCUACAGAACCUGUGGCAAAAUGGCAAAAGGUUCAAGCUUCCAAUACCAGAGAGCAGGCCUCGUCUUCUCAGAACUUUGGUAACCUGCUUCAAAUGGUCUAUCAGGAGCCUUCUCGGUGGUCCUAUACGUUCCAGAUAUAUUCCUUCAUGAGUCGACUUAAGGCCCAGCUGGAGCCCCUUUCAGAGAAGCUGUUGAAGACCCAGGAGCCAGUGCAGAUUUUUGAGAGAUCUGUAUACAGUGAUAGGUACAUCUUUGCUAAAAAUCUCUUUGAGCUUGGCCACCUCGCUGAGAUCGAAUGGACCAUUUACCAGGACUUGCACACCUUCCUCCUACAAGAGUUUGAGGAUCGAAUUGUUCUGCAUGGCUUUCUAUAUCUCCAGGCAACUCCAAAGAAAUGUCUGGAGCGGUUGCACCAAAGGGGGAGGCCUGAGGAGAAAGCGAUCCAGCUGAAGUAUCUGGAGCAGCUUCACACUCAGCAUGAAAACUGGCUAGUAAAGAAAACCACCGAGGUCCACUUUGAAAACCUAAGGAAUGCUCCAGUCCUUGUGCUUGAUGUCAAUAAUGAUUUUGAGGAUGACCCAGCUGAACAAGAAGAGCUCAUGAGGAAAGUAAAGGCUUUUAUAAAGACUCUGUGAUCUGAAGCUUUGCCAUCUUCCUCCACUACCAAUCCAGGAUUUCUUAUUUAUUUGUGACCAGCUUGGGCCUGAUUAUGCUGCUUGCCAUUAAAAGAACAAACAAAACAAUCGGCAAACCUGUGUGGCAAACCUGGAAGGCCAAAAAUACAACUGAGGUAUUUUAGUGAAUUACACUUGAAUUCUGUGUUUUUUCUUCCAAACCAAAUGUUACUCUUCCAGGGAGGGAGAAAAGUUGUACAGUCACCCAUGAGCAACCCUAAAGUGACAAACCCAUGUGGGUCCAAUGGAAAGAAGAAGAUUAAGAACCUCAGAAAAUUAAUUUUCUGAUCUUCCAAAGGGUGUUACGAUCAGUGGGGGAAAGAAGUGAUUUUAGACGUUAUGAAGAAUCCCUUCUACUUAUGCAACAGCUUAAGUAUUUCAAACUUGCUUUCCUUUCAUUGAUGAAGGUGAUCUGCAGAAACCUUCUAUUCCAUUACAUGCUGAAUGCACACAAUGAGGGUGUUGUAAAGAAUUAUAGGAACCAAUGGUCCUGAUUCACCACUGCUCUGCACCUGUGCAAAGUGAAUGUAAUAUGCUGCCAAAUCAGUCAGCAUUUCACACUCAUUUAGUGCAAGUGGUAUGUUCAAGUCAGUGGAGAAUAAGACCCAACAUAGCCAUUUUUGGCACUUCUAAUCAACUCAUUGCAGUAGAAGGCAAAGUCUUAUUUAAUAUUAAGCCAGCUUUUCUUACUAAGUUUGCCACUUACUUGGUGUAUUUUCCACUUCUUGGGCCUAAUGAUGAUGAAUUACCCUAGAAUCAUCUCAUUAGCCAGAUAGCUGCUGGAGCCCUGGCGGAAGGAAAAGAGAAAUGGCGUACCAUAUAUUGUCUGAAAAGUUUUUAAUAUUUUACAUUUUAAAGUAAGUCUAAUGAUUUAGAAUAAGGGACUGGAAGUCAGGCCCACUUGGGUUCUGUUACCAUUCCUACCACUGUCCUGCUCUGUUACUUCAUGCAAGUCAUUUAGCCUCUUCAGCAUUUAUGAAAUCCUCAGAUGAAAGGCAUUUAUACAUAUAAUAUGCAAAACCGAUCUUGUUUUUAAAAUACCUUGCAAAAUGAUAGUUGUUUGACAAACUGCUCUUACCUUACCUCUCAACCUGGCACCUUGGAUGGACUGACACUAGUGCAGUCCACCCUGGGAUGUUAUCUGGACAUUGCAGAAGCUAAGAAGGGGAGAAGAAAGAAAUGAAUUUCAGUGGAAGUUGGCUGCCUGCCUCCCUUAAGUUCCUUUUGAAAAUCUGAUCUGAAAUGCAACGAGUUCAGCAGUUUACAAAUUUGGCUUUGUCCAUCUAGCUCCCACUUUCCUCUGAGCAGAACGUUUCCUUGCUAAAACAUACCUGAAUGGAUUUGUUAGAAGGUGCAGCAUGUCCCUCUAAGACCAUAAAGCCUCAUAAGACCAAUAAGUCUUCAAUAAACAUGAAGAGACAAAGGAGAAGCAGGAAUGGUUUUAAGACUGGCGGUUUAGAAAUAUCAGAGAGAAAUAUGGCCCUGUUAAGACAGUAGCAAAGAUCUUUCCAACUGUGUGUGUGUUGAGAUGCCCUUUGUAAUCCAGCUCUUGUGGGGCCAUUGUGUAUUGCAUGAAAUCCUGGCCCCGCUGAAGUCAGUGGUAAAACUUUUGCUGACUUCAGUAGGAUCAGAAGUUUACCUAUUGGUGAAUCAGAGGGAAUUUUGUGAAAUGAUUGUCUGGUCACUUUUAAGUUCUAGACCUACAUGUUACUGUUAGGAACUGCUGAGUGUUGCAAUGUAACCUAUGACCAAGGAGGACUAAAAUCGAGCAAAUCUGUACACAUAGUUUAGUUUUAGACCAGUUUAGUCUAAAGGUAAAUAGUAAACUCUACAAACUUUUCCAGAUAUCACUUUGUGCUCCAAGGGGAACAUAAAUGCAUAUCUCUAGAUGUCUGCAGGGUGAGGAACAGCCACUUCAUAAUGUAAAUUUGGUGGACAGAUUAAAUUCUGAAGGAAAAUUCUGUGUGGUUUUUUUUGUUUUAAGCUUUUUUUAAAUUAAAAAGUAUAUCACUUUUUAGCUGUCUUGUCAUGUUUUGGCUGUCCUCCAGUUAAGGAGCUGUGUGGUGGUGAAUUGCAUCAGUCAUGCAAAUCGGUGUUGGGGAUGACUAGUGACUGUUGGCAGGAUCAUCUUGUGGCUAAAGAAGUGGACUGGGAGACAUGGGUUCAAUUCCUGGCUGUGCCACGUGUGUGAUUAUUUUUUAUUUAUUUGCUCCAGUCACUUAGAGUUAGAUAUUCAGAAGGGCCCAGCACACUGGGUGCUCAGCUCAUUAAACAAGUCAUCCAUCUUCUUUCUCUUUGACUCUGUAGUGGACGCUGCUAGCCUCUGCAACUCCCAGUUGUCUUAUAGUCUCAAGUGGGACACUAGAUGGCACCUGACCUCCAAGCGCCUGAUUCGAUUUAUUUAUUUUAAACUGUUCUACAUGGGUUAUUUGCUAGGAAAAUAAAAAGCGUGCGCAGAGGUAGUUACAAGGGCUGUAAAACAAAUGAGGGUUUUUUUAAUGCAUGGUGAGGUCGCAGCAAAUAGGGAAAUAAAGAAGCUAGUGUUCCCAGGGUGGGCAAUUUUCAAGACUUGCUUUUAAAUAACCAUAGCUGAGUAUUAACCCUAAUGUGUAUUCUUAAUCAGUUACUUAGUAAUAGGAAUUCUAGAUCAAAAAUCACCUGC